CUUUUGUAUCUGCUCAGAACCAAAAAUGCAAAACUGAACCAUGCCGGGCGCAUCUCCCCAGGCAGAUCGGCUGCAAUCCUUGUGGAUUUGUCUUCUGGAAAGAUGAUCGGAGGAACUUCUUAAAACGCCUGCGGUUGGCUGGGAAAGGAUUUCUGCUGGGGUUGGAGGAAGAGGAAAGGAAAGAGGAAAGGGGAGAAAAAAAAAGAAAGACGAGAACUUCCUGGUCUCUUUAUUUCCUCCUCUUCUGAGACAUGUCUGAGGGUCCUGGCCAGUGUUGCAUCAAGCAGGAAAGGAUUUCAUACACCCCUCCAGUGAGUCCUGAACCAACUUAUUCUUCCUCGUCAACACCAUUACAUGUCCCAGUGUCUCGAGCAAUCAGGAUGGAGGAAGAUGCCAUCCGGCUCCCAGCCCACCUGCGCUUGCAGCCCAUUUACUGGAGCAGAGAUGAUGUAGCCCAUUGGCUGAAGUGGGCUGAAAAGGAGUUCUCAUUAAGACCCAUUGACAGCAACACUUUUGAGAUGAAUGGCAAAGCGCUCUUGCUUUUAACCAAAGAGGAUUUUCGAUACAGGUCUCCACAUUCGGGUGAUGUGCUAUACGAGCUUCUUCAGCAUAUCUUGAAGCAAAGGAAUUCUCAUGUGCUGUUUUCACCUUUCUUCCAUCCUGGGAACUCUAUCCAUGCUCAGCCAGAUGUCAUGUUACAUCAAAACCAUGAUGAAGACAACUUUGUCCAGAGACCUUCAAGACAAUCAGCUGACACAAUGCAUCACAACCCACCUACCAUUGAAUUACUGCAUCGUUCCAGAUCCCCCAUUAGUGCCAACCACAGGCCUUCACCAGAACCCGAGCAGCGGUCAUUGAAAUCCCCAUUGGAGAACACUAUCCGUCGCCUCUCACCAGCUGAUAGGCUCUCGGGAAUGAGGCACCACCAGGAGAACAAUAACCAAGAGUCUUACCCUCUCUCAGUGUCCCCUAUUGAGAAUAACCACUGCCCAACCCCUUCCGAAGUGCUUCCAAAGCCUUCCAGUCCCCGCCAGGAAAACACAAGGGUGAUUCAGCUGAUGCCCAGCCCCAUCAUGCACCCCUUGAUACUGAACCCCAGGCACUCUGUGGAUUUCAAAGCCUCCAGAUUGUCUGAAGAUGGGAUGCACAGAGACGUCAAACCCAUCAACCUGUCCCAUCGGGAAGAAUUGGCAUACAUGAAUCACAUCAUGGUCUCCGUCUCUCCGCCUGAAGAGCAUGCAAUGCCAAUUGGAAGGAUAGCAGACUGCAGGCUCCUUUGGGAUUAUGUCUAUCAGCUGCUGUCAGACAGCCGAUACGAAAACUUCAUCCGAUGGGAGGACAGAGAAUCCAAAAUAUUCCGGAUAGUGGAUCCUAAUGGACUGGCCAGACUGUGGGGAAACCAUAAGAACAGAACAAAUAUGACAUAUGAGAAAAUGUCUAGAGCCCUGCGCCACUAUUAUAAACUAAAUAUUAUCAGAAAGGAGCCAGGACAACGGCUUUUGUUCAGGUUCAUGAAGACUCCAGAUGAGAUUAUGAGUGGUCGCACCGACCGCCUGGAGCAUCUCGAAUCUCAGGAACUGGAUGAGCAAAUAUACCAGGAAGACGAGUGCUGAAGAAACCAAGUCCCCUGCUUCACUUUGCUCUGUGGAAGAGCAGUCUACAUGGAGGCACAGUCAGAUGGGAAAUGAGACCCCAGGACUUAGCAUUUACUUUGGAGACAGUGCAAGAGCCCAGAGUACCUUAGAAAAAAACAAAUCUAUUGGCAAGGUGUUGGCAGCAAGACUUGAAAGAGAGAGGGGGAAUAUAGCACUACUGUGCCGCUCCUUUUAGAGUCUCCCUCACCCUGGGAUGUUUUUGUUUUGUUUUGUUUUUUGGUUGGUUGGUUUGUUGAGGAUUUUCUUUUCUAAUUAAUAUGCCACUUGGCCUUUUUAAAGCAACGUUUGUAGAGCAAAAUAUCAAGUUUUUGCUUAUUCUGAAGGCUUUCCUAUGGAAAUGUAGUGCAACUGUUUUCUGUGCAACGUCUCACAAAGAUGAUUCCAAAAUAGGAACAAAUGGUGACAAAUGCCAUAAAAGAAGUGAGAAAAUGGCUGGAGUUCCUUACAUUAUUUUUAUUCACUCUUGUCACAAAGGUUAAAGACUGGAUGGUAUCCGUGGUGAAAGGUAUAAGAAAUUGAGAGCCACUAGUGGCCUAUCUUGAGUGAGCAUUGUGACUUGAAAGUGUCUGCAAAGCACCUCAGUACCACGAGGAGAGAUAAAUGGAAGAGCUGUGCCAAAGUGCAGUAGGCAUCUCCACAACUUUCCAACUCAAGGAAGCUUUAAAUGAAAACCAUACUAAUAGGACGGGAUUAUUGCUUGACCGAGUUUGUUGAGCCAUCACCAGGGUAUUUUCAGUUUGAAGAGGGUUUUUGUUUUUUGUGCCAGCCAACAGUCUCUAGGACAGAAGAAAGGUUUGUCAUAAAAAGAGAAGGAAGUUUUCUGGCCAUCUUACCCAUAAAUAUGGAAUUUCAUUUUAAAGAAUGAGCAUUCAUGUCUUGUUAAUUUUAAAUGUUUUAGGUUCUUGCAGCUCCAGAUUGGUCUGUAGCUUUUUUGCUGAGAGGAGUUUUGUAUGCACCUCUGUUGGUAGGAAGUCUUUAAACCUCAAGAAGGUUGUUAAAUUAUUCUGAAGUUAGCAGUAUGCUACCCUGUGCUUCUCUACCACAAAAUAUCUUGCUCCUCAUAAAGUUCAUAUGUUCAUCUGUACACAUAAUGACAGAAUUCUGUCUGUGCUGCAGCAUCCACACUCAAUGAAAGCCAUUCACAGGGCUAUAUGUAUCUUAAAUGCUAAUGAAAUCAGUAUUCUGUGCCAUGAUGACUUACAAUUCUGCAUCAGAAAAUGCAGAAUAUGAAAUUGUAUCACUUGGACCAGAUAUUCAAAUUAAGCAUAUUUGCUGUGAUUUGAUUUGAUUUGAUUUGCAUAAUGAGUUCUAUGUCUAUAAGUGGGGUAAGGUGGAAAGGAAUGGCUAUGCUGAUGUCUCUUCACCUCUCCAUCACUGGUAAUUCUGCUCAGCCAACCUUCUGGCAUCUGAAAUUUAUUCUGAAUCUUUAAAAACUUGCUCUUUAAAAAGAAAAAUUAAAGUGAAAUACUCAAUAUGUUUCUGCAUUUGCAUGGUAAGGUUAUAUAAUACACAUUGGCUGGUUUCAUACCAGUUUCCACUAAAGGUCAUUCACUAUAAAAAUUUCACAGCAGUAUUCACUAAAAACUGGUCUGGGACUCUUCCCCCCACCCCCAAGAAAAUGAAGAGUGAAAUGAAACAUACUACUGAUAAGGGAUAAAACUGUUAAAUCUAAGGUGCAACAUGU